AAAAAGUAAAAACUUCACUAGUACAGACUAGACUACAAUCGUACAAUUGCUGCAGUGAUGUGAUGUGAUGGGUGUUUUGUUCUAGCAAUGAAUAACUUUGUGAAUCUAAGCUUAUUUUAAAAUUUGAGGCUUCUACUUAAGAAUGUAAUUAAUAAAUUAGCUUUCGUAUAUGAAGCAUGCUGAGUUACAUAAGUUAAUAAGUAAAAAGCAGUCAACCUACUGUUAUAAACUCAAUUCAGUUUUGAUCCACAUCGUUGAUUAUUCUGUCAUUCUUCUUCAAUACUUGUGUUGUAUCUCAGAAAAAAUGUCAACCCAGAAAGACCGUCACCACAAUUACGAUAGAGACAGCAGUAGUGACACUGAGGACUACCAUGAUUCAGAGGAUCGCAGACGCAGGGUGUUCAAAAAUAGACUUAGUUAUGGCUCAUCAUCAAAGCCAAAGCCAUGUCUAGUCCAACGUCCCUCGAGUGCCUCCGAUCAGAGACCAAUGCUCGAGAGAGCCCUCUCCACCUGUACACCUAAGCAACCACUCACUUCCACUCCAAGAAACAGAUCUCGUAGUCAACACCUAGGGCCUGCCAAGAAUCAGCAGAACUCGACUGGCUCAAGCACGCCUGCCAGUGAUGAGAGAAUUACGUUGGUUGUGGACAACACUAGGUUCAUACUUGACCCGGCACUCUUCACUGCACAUCCUAACACCAUGCUGGGACGAAUGUUCAGUUCUGGUUUGGAGUUUAUGCAUCCAAAUGAACGGCAAGAGUAUGAGGUUGCUGAUGGGAUUUCAGCCAUGGUGUUCAGAGCCAUUCUGGAAUAUUACAAGGGUAAUGUGAUCCGGUGUCCUCCCACUGUCAGUGUCCAGGAAUUGCGCGAGGCUUGUGACUAUCUCCUGGUACCUUUCGACGCAAACACAGUCAAAUGCCAGAACCUGAGAGGUUUGCUGCACGAGUUGUCCAAUGAGGGAGCCCGCUGCCAGUUUGAAGUGUUCCUAGAAGAGCUGAUCUUGCCACUGAUGGUGAACUCUGCGCAGCGCGGCGACCGUGAGUGUCAUGUUGUGGUGCUUUUAGAUGAUGACUCGGUGGACUGGGAUGAGGAGUAUCCGCCACAGAUGGGAGAAGAGUAUUCACAGACUGUAAACAGCACGGCUAUGUACAGGUUUUUCAAAUAUAUUGAGAAUAGAGACGUUGCCAAGCAAGUUAUGAAGGAAAGAGGGCUGAAGAAGAUAAGAUUAGGCAUUGAAGGUUACCCCACCUACAAAGAGAAGAUAAAGAAGAGAGCAGGUGGUAGGGCAGAUGUGAUAUAUAAUUACGUCCAAAGACCUUUCAUACACAUGUCCUGGGAGAAAGAAGAAGCCAAAAGUAGACAUGUUGAUUUUCAGUGUGUGAAGUCCAAAUCUGUGACUAACCUGGCUGAGGCAACAGCUGACCCAGUGUUGGAACUUGAUGCCGUUGGGAACCCGAUCGCUGCAGCGUCAGCUGUUCUGGAAGUGGCGGGGGCUGGGCUGGUGGAGGGAGGAGAAGAAGGAGCAGUGGGGGGAAUCCCAACAUUGCCCCCGGAACUGCCCCCCUCCCAAUAGCUCACCCUGUCCACCCAUGUUUACAUAUGCAGUGUUCACAUCUCUCUUUCGGCCGAACAAUCUUCCUCUAGCACUCACAUUUUGACUUUGUUUUGAUACUUUUAUAUUUGAAUUGUUCUAAGAGUGAUUAGUUGUAGUAUUUCCAAAGGAAUUAAUCAUUAGAUAGUUUUCCAAUGUAGAAAUUUAAUCCAUCCAAGUGUUAUUUUUUGGAGUUUGACACUACAACCGAGGUCAUUUUAUACUGGAAGAUAAUUUUACUAACUCAGCAGUACUUUGUCAACAUUUUAACAGUUCAAAUGCCAAUCUAAAACAUGAUUUUUGUUAAGAAUCAACCCUCCAACAGUUGUAAAGAAUAAGUGCUUUUAUUAAUAAUAAUUUUAUACUGAAGAAUUAAUGUGAGUUUCAUAAUUCUAAAUAAGAACUUUCUCUUAAAACUACCUUAUACAUAAGUACAUUUCAGAUUGUUUCCUUUUGGCUAGUCUUAAUUAAAUACACAGCCUAUUUUUGUUUAAAAAUCAGCAACUUAUGAACUUGUAGACAAUUCUCUACUGAAACAAAGUAACUGAAAUUUGUAUUUUUAUUAUAUUUUACUUCAUUUUUAUAUUAGUGCAUGAAUGAAGAAUUAUACUUUUAUACUAUGAUUGAGUCUUUCAUAACAUCAUAUAAACAACUGCAGUAUUACUGAACAACUAGUAACAGAGUUAACAUAAUCAAUAUUUCAAAUUUCAGUUACAAUAAUUUGCUCUCUAUUUUCUUUAAUUGCUUAAUUUAAUACAGUUGUAUACAAAUUAUGUUUACUUAAACUCCAAUACAUAUGUUACAGUAUAUUUCUUUUUCAGGUAUUCUGGUAUUAAAUUCAACAAAGAAAGUUUUAGAAUAUUAAUUCUAAUUUUAUUUGAUUUUUGGUUGAUUUAUAAUUUUGUUUAUUUUUAAUUGAAUUAGAAUUUAAUAAACUAUAUAAAACAAACCCACCAUUAAAAAGCAUAUAUGAAAGACUGAUAACAAGCUUAUUGUAUGGCCUUCAUGCCAAACAGUCCUAAAAAAUAAACUGUUACAUCAGAUAUUGUAUUUGUCUUAGAUAAUCUGUGCUAUAGACUUCUAUUUCAAUAAAAUGUAUAAUAUUCUUUUGUUGAAAGUAUGUUUAAGUUUAGUAAUUGGUAAACUUAAUAUAACCACAAUCUUCUCUGUAAAUUUAGAAACUCUUGCCUAUUAACAUUAUUUUGGUGUCCAACUGCAAUGAAAAAAGCAUUUACAUUUACUACAAUGACAAAUGGACAAUAUUUAUGUACAGACAAAAAUAUAACAUUUAAUACUAUUGCAAAUCUGUUCAAAGCUUUUGAAUUAUAGUAGCAGAGUCCUGGGAAUCUGAGCUUGCAUGUCAGCUGAAUUAUCUUGAAAAAUUAAAAUUAUACUAUGAUUGGAUGAUAUGUUUUAAUCAUCCACGGUUAUUUAGUGCUUUCACUUUAUAUAUGCACAGUGCAGUGGAGGUUGUCAGUUUUGUUAGUACAAUGUCCAGGAGUCGCAAAUGUUUACGACCUUCAGUCCUAAAGUCUCAGUUGCUAAUUUUGUUGCAGCAGUUCCAAUGUUUAAAAAUGGUUAACACUAAUUAUUUAAAUAUUAGAAUAUUCUAUCGAUUCAGAUAAAGAUCAGCAUUGUUCUUCUUUAUCAUGGACAACAUUGUCAGUAUCACCCACAUUAGAAUACAUAAAAGUAGUAACGACUGUGACAUACUGGCUGACACAAACUUUUUAUUGUUCUGUAUUUGUAAUUUAAAUUUUAUUAUUGUGCAAAAAAAUAUAGUAGUGUUUUAUGAUAAAAGCUUUUCUAAACUGUACAUUAAGUUUAACUAUACUGAUACUUUAUAGUUUAACUAUACUUAAUUAACUUAAUCGUUUUAGUCCAAAUUCCUUACAGUCCCUACACUCUCAGAUAAACAGGACUCUAUUGUAAUACCAAAAUAAAAUCAUAGGGUAUUUGAAUAUUACCUUUUUUUAGACCCUUAAUUGGAUUUGAGUAAAAUACAAUUAGACAGUUAAACUAAAUAAAUUUCUUGCAUUGGAGUUACAAUUCAUAGGGAUUAAAUUUAGAUUUAUUUUUUAGUCAUUAUGUGAAUUAACUUCCUGUUUAAAAACAAUUCUGAUACUUAGUAAUUUGUAGUACUUUUUCUCCAAAUCUAAUUGUAAUGCUCAAAGUAAUGUAUUAGUAAAGGGUUGUCCAUAAAUUAUGUCAUCUGAUCUGAGAAGGUAUUAAAAUAAAAAUUAUGGAGAGAUGAUAUUACAGGAAAAGGGAUUAACUUAAAAAUGAAUUCAUUGUUAUGCAUCAUGUUGUGUCAUGAAUUAUUGACCUUUAAGCAUCAAAUGGACAAUGGUCAAAAAAUGUACACUUUUAAAAUAUUACAAACACUGAUGAUAUAAAUUAUAUUAUGGACAACCCCAAAGUUCUAAACCUUUCUGGUCACUAUUUCUCAAGUGUAGUGUCUUAUUAUGUUCCAUUUAUCUACAGCUCUUAGUAGUGUAAUUUUAUACAUUUGUACUAUUACAUUGAAGUUAUAACAUUACAUUGACGUAGCUGUUAAUUUCUGUCCAAUGAUCUCAUUGAUGUUCUCAUGUUGUACAGCUUAUUGUGAACACUGCCGUACAUGUAAAUCUUCAAAGUACGUUUUCUAGUUCAUCUUUGCUCCUUGAUUUUUUAAAUGUUUACGCUUGUUGGUUUUCUGAAGUUUACGUUUGGUUUAAUUUUAAAUAGUAGUGUUUUUCUUGUAAUGCACAUUAUGUGGUACUAUUUCCAAACAACUUAAAAGUAACCUUUUGAGAAUUUCUUUUGUUUGGUUCGCUGUGUUUUCAACACAUAAUAUAAAUGACAAUGAAUAAAUAGGUGGUGAGUUGUAAAAACGGUUUUGUUAUCAAUGGCUAUCAAAUAAUUCACUCGUGCACAACUGUAUAAUUUAAUAUGGAUUAUUAAAGUAUAACAUUGCUCUUAUUUUCUUGCACAUCUUGUUUUAUUUGUAAUUUAUUUAGUACAGUUCUCCACAUAAUCCACCUCCUGUGUGUAUUCUUAUUAAAUAAUUGUAUUAAAUAACAUUAAAAAUAUUGUUUAUGUGAAGACCUACAAACUUUAUAAUCUACCAAGGAAAACAAACAAAGCUUUGUAUUUUAUACUGUUUAAAAGACAACUAGUUUUAAUAAGUAACAUUAUGUUUUUUAAUAAAAACUAGUUUGGUGAUUACCCAGCCAUAUGGUUUGUUUCGAAGGUUCUAAUAAGUAAAUUAGAAACAACUGUUGUGUUUCAAAUAACAAAUUGAGUUGUUUUUACUUACACAAUACUUCCACUCAUGGAUAAUAAUCAUGAAUAUUAUGAGUUGUUUGUUUAUAAAUACAAUCUAAAUUGCUAGAAUGUUUCAUCUUAUUCAGAUGUCACCUGAAGUUUACUUAGCUUUAAAUAUGAGGUGGAUUAAUUUUAAAAUUCAGAAGUGAAACCAAUGCUUGCUUUCUGGAAAAUAUGAUUUUAGUUACCUCGAAUGUUAAAACUCUACUGUUGUGUGCAAACAUGUUGUAUUUUACUUUUUUCUCAUUCAUACUGUUUUAUUUUUUUGUGAUGUUUUUGUUUUGAAUAGAUUGUUUUUGGUGUACAAUACUAACUGUUAUGUACUUUAAGCAUUGUGUGGGAAUGACAUAGGCAUCAGUGUAUGGAAUUAAUAACCAAUUCAAGUUUUAAGAAUUUUAGCAUAAAAUUAAUUUCUUACUGAUAAGAAGUGUUUAGUUUUUUGAAUAAAUUAUAAAAUUUAUUUGUAAACAAGUAAUCUGGAUGAACCAAAAAGGCUGAUGAUAGUGGUUAAUGUUUGUUGUACUUUGUAAAUUUUGUAGACAAUUUGAUAAAUCAGAAACGGUAGUUACUAUUACUUGAAUGGAAGGUAUAACCUAUGAUCCACAAGAAUGAGACUGAACUGUUGUAUGCCUUACGUAGAGAAAGGCUACUUCCUGUGCAUUUUGAAUGUAAUGUAAUUAAGUUAGACCUUUUUUUUGCAUUUUUACUGUGUGCCUAGCAAAUGUUUUUUAACCUCUUUGUAACUGUAAAUUUUCAUUAAAUAAAAAAACUAGGUGUUACAAGUUUAA